AUGCUCUUCAUCCCUGCCGCGCUACCGCUCCUCCGCAUCACCUUCCCUCAUCUCCCAUGGUUCCACCACAUGCUGAUCCCCCUCUUCAUCACCCCACCCUACCUGUUCCUGCACCUCUCUCGCUCCACCUCCUCCACCAUCACGCGAUCCAACCACCGCGCGGCGCUGAAACGCUACCCGUACGAUCACACCAUCUUCCACGGCUCCAACGACCUCCGUGCCCCGUGCAUCAUCUCUCCGACCUCGCCGUCGCCGCUCGCCACCCCAACCUGCCGGACCUGCCAGCUCGCCAAACCGGCCCGCAGCAAACACUGCAGCAUCUGCCGCGCCUGCGUGCAAAAGGCCGACCACCACUGCGUCUGGAUCAACAACUGCGUCGGCCGGAACAACUACCUCUACUUCCUCGUCCUGAUGCUCUCCCUCACCCUCCUGUUGGCCUAUGGCGCCUACCUGGGCUACCAGAUCCUCCAUGUGCAGAUCCAACUCCAACGCUCCUCCUCCUUACCAAGCUCCUCUCCAUCCUCCGCCAGCUCACUCAAUCCUCACUGGUCGAAACACCUUUCCUGGUCCUCCUACACCCAGCAGUGGAGCGCCAUGAUAGCAGACCACCCUCUCAUCGCCGCGCCAGCCCUCCUGGCCCUCCUCUCCUUCCCCUUAGCAUUGGGUCUGAUGCUCUACCACGUCUAUCUCAUCUGGGCGGGGAUGACGACCAACGAAAGCGGCAAAUGGGCGGAUCUGAGGGAGGAUAUUGGAGAGGGGAGGGUGUGGAGAGGGAAGGUGGAGGAGUUGAGGGGGGAUUUUAGGGAGUGGGGUUUGGAGAGUGGGUCCGAGUCUGGAAGGGGAAAUGGGGGGCGGAGUGGAGGGGAUGAUUGCGGUUUUGAGUGGCCGGUCAUGCCGACGUGGGUGGUUGUGAGGAUGGAGGCGGCUGGGAGGGGGCCGAGGGUUCGGAAGAGGAGGGGCAAGGGGAACACGAAUAUGGACGGGGAAAUCGGACCCAUGGAUGGAAAUAGUGAACAAUGGGAAGAAGACGAGCGAUGGACGCAGGUGAGGCGUCUAAGCGAGAUAGUGAAUAUCUACGACCUCGGCUUUUGGGAUAAUCUCAAGGAUGUCCUUCUGAAUAGAGAAUAA